AUGGGAAAGAAGAGAGACAAGAAAGGAAAUAAAAAACGUAAACAAAUCAAUAAGAGAGCAAUUCUAGAAUGCCUUGAUGGUACAACGCAAACUACAGAAGAAGUGUUGAGAGUUGACGAAAAUGAUGUUCAACGGAUGUGUGAACCACAUGAAUUGUACUUAACUGCUUUAAGCGAGAACAUGGAUAGCAUGCCCCAAGCAAAACUUUCACUUGGCCCUAUAUCAUAUGGAAAAGCUGGUAAUAAGAGUUCCUACAGAAAAGAAGCGGAUAAUUACUCCAGUCGUGCUGAUCAUAAAUUUCAAAUCGGAAAUUUUAAAGAAGCUUGCAAUGAUUAUUUCCUAGCCGUGAAAAUAAUGUACAAGCACGGAAAUAUAGAGGAUCGUCGUGGCAGAGAUAUGAAAUUAAUUAGAUUUUACCAAGAUAGAGGCUGUCUUUGCAUGUGGGCUCUUUAUAGGAAAACUGGAGAUAAGGAUCAUCUUGAGUAUUGUCUGCAGUUUUACAAUAGUUUAAUCCAAAACGAUCCUGGACACGCCCUUUGGUACAAAAGACGAGCACUUAUAACGCACGACGAUUGUAAAAACUUUAUGCAAGCAUACAAAGAUUAUGCAUCGUACAUAGCAAUGUUGCAAGCUUACAAUAUACCUGUGAAAAAUUGUGAAUUAGAAAACAGAGAAAAGAGUUUCCGCGCAGCUACAAAUUGGGCUUGGGACGCAGUAAUGAAAAGAGUAAAGUCUAAUUUUUUUCAAAGAAUAAAGCCUUAUCUAAAUCCGGACUGGAUAAACAUGUGGGCUUUAUGCCCGUGUAAUGAUGUACUAUUGGAAGAUUUCCUAUCGGUUUUUGAAGAACUGAAGGAUCCAACUAAUAAAUCGUUUCUGGCAGAAAGCGGCUAUAAGAAGGCUUUGAAAAGAAUGGCUCUAGGUUAUCACAGCUAUGUCGUUGACAUUUUAAUUAAGGCGUAUUCAUGUGGUGAAGGAUUAUACAGAGCGGAAGCAUUUCUGCUGCUUUCAUUGAUUUACUCUCAAAUACAUGGCUAUGAGGUUCAACAUUUCUUGAACGAAUUUGAAAAGUUUUGGGUACAAGAUCAGUAUAAAGUACCAACUAAUAGACGGAAACAAAUUUUUAUGCGCUAUAUAAGUUUAGGGCGGGGCAUAUCGAGCGAUCCUUUUAAGGAUCUUGAUCUAUCGAUGUUCUCUAACAAAGAACAAGCGCAAUUCUAUCUGCAAACUGCACUUACAGUAUGUCUGCGCUUACAAAUUUUGGAUGGUACGGAGGACCAAGUGAGGGAGGGAAUUUUAUUGACUAUGGUGAGGUUCGAGAGAAUUAAAAACUUAUGUGAACGUGCUAUUGCAGUCGACAAAGAUUCAUUAAUCAGCGGCUUACUGAGAGAAUAUGCAAUUAUGCGAAUAGCCAUAAAUGAUAAAACCAAGAGAUGUACUGCGCUGAAUUUGCUAGUGGAAUAUAUUGAAUCAAAUAAAAUUCGAUUCCAAUCUGAACAUAAAUCUUUUGCCUGUUGGUGUCUCUUCUACGCUUAUUAUAAUCUCAAGCCUCAUGAAGAAGCUUUGAAUUAUGCGAUUGAGCUUAAAAACAAGUUAUUGUUUCCUGGUUCUGUAGCAACCUUUAUAAUGAUGACAUUCAGCUCUCUGGAAAAACAAAGCUCUACUGGAAAUGUCUUAGAUAAGAUAGACGUUGUUACCGAAUGGCUUGAUGAUGAGCCCGAAAAUUUUUAUAUAUAUCAAGUCAUUACCGAUUUUUACUAUAGCUUGAAUUGCAAAGAAGAGGUGGUAGAGUAUGGAAAACUUACAAUAAAAUAUUGGCCACAUCAUUUUUUUCCUUCUUUAAAACGUUUGUUGGCAAACUUAAUUGUGAUUGAUGCUGCAAGGAUAGCAGAAAUAAAUCUUAGAAGAAGAGAUAUUUAUUCAGUUACUUUGCUGGAAUCAGAAAUGGUAGAAGGAUCAGCAGAAGGAAACGCAAAAAUGUUAUCAUCAGAAAAGUUAAUCAAUAGCACUGAUAGUGAAGAUGAUUGA